AGAAGAAGCUGCGAAGUGCGGUGGAUCCACGGUUCGCACCAUGAAUAACCAGGCCAAGUCGCCCGACGCGGACAGUCCUGAAUUGUUCGAGACUGCCCCCAGCGUGCUCGGCGCGGCUGGCGGCAAAAACCACGGCAGGGCCGCGUCCGAGGCCGAGGCAGACAGGGUCGCCGCGAUCACGGAGCUCAUCGCCGCCAUCGAAGCCGACGAGGAUUUCAGGACUGGCAGAGGCGGUCCUCCGCCACCGAUCGGUGCACCCGUUGCCACCAGUCGAUCUCCUCCGGUGGCCGGGACUCCAUCCCCUCCACCCACGGCGGACGCGGAAAGCGGGAGCCCGGGUGCACCGGAAGCAGGAGCGCGUCCGGUGCCCACGUCACUUCCGCAGCCGCAGAGGACGCCGGGAGUUCCUGACCACGUGACUCGCCCAGACGAGGCAGCUUCGUUCCCCCCGAACGCGGCGAGCGAGCCCGCGGGUCAGCAUACAGAGGCCGCAUACGGAAACGUUGGCCAGCAGAGCUCGGACGCCGGGUGGCGUCCUCCCGGGGCGGAAGGCGGCACCACUGUGCGCCCGACUCCGGCUCCCGUCGAAGUCCAGGAGCGCAUUGAAAGAGGGAGCCAGAAGAGAGCCUCCGACGAAAGAAUCGGUGACGCGCAAAGCGAUGAGCGUCGGAGCCCAAUCGAACAGACCGUUGGAACGCCUCCGAUGGGCGGCUACGGACCGCCACAGCCAUCCACGCUGGAGGGCGGCUCCUCCGGCGAGACCAGGGGGGAUGCGCCUGAAGGCGCCAGGAACGGCUCGAGGUACGGCCCAAUGCCUCAGCGUCGUAGAGAAGAGGAGGCGAACGGAGAACGUGUGCCGCCCGCAGUGGACCCCUGGAGCUCGGCGCCCAAUAAGGGCGGCGGGAAGGAAGCUACCGCGACAGCACCGGACCGGGAGCGCUCCCGGAAGUCUGCUUGCUGCAGUCGUAAGACGGUCAUCGUGGCGGCGUUCGCGUUGGCGCUGGCGCUGGCGCUGCUGACGGUGAUCGUGGCCGUGCUGGAGUAUGUCCGGCAGCGCGAUCGACCCGUGAUCAAGGGGCGAUUCGGCGCCGUGCGCGGACAGAGGCUCGUCGUCAGCGACCAGGGUCAAGACCGGGCCGUGCUCGCCUUUCUGGGCGUUCCGUUCGCCAAGGCGCCCCGGGGGCCGCUGCGCUACAAGCCGCCGCAGCCGCUCGACUGGUUGCUUGGGGAGGACGAAGGCGCGGUGCCGCUGGAAGCCAACGAAAAGCGGCCGCCCUGUCCGCAGCAGGACUUCUACCUGGGCCGCCAGUCCGUCAGCGCCAGCAACGCCAGUGAGGACUGCCUGCACCUCAACAUCUGGGCGCCGCCCUGGAAUUGCAGCACGGGGACGGAGAUUGGCGGUUGCAUCAAGCGGGCCGUGCUGUUUUUCCUCUACGGGGCCGCUUUCCAGAACGGCGGGAACAGCUUCGAGCUCUACGACGGCCGGUACCUGUCCGCUUUCGGCGACCUGGUCGUAGUGGUGCCGAACUACCGGGUCGGCGCGCUGGGAUUCCUCGGCGGGCCCUGGGAGAACCGGCUCCCCGGAAACGCGGGCCUGCACGACCAGCGGCUGGCGCUCGAGUGGACGCUGGCCAACAUCGGCCCGUUCGGGGGCGACACGUCGCUGGUGGUCCUCGCGGGUCACGACGCCGGGGCGGCGUCGCUGGGCUACCACCUGUUCCACGGGGACAGGGCGUUCUGGACUCGCAACGCGAGCCGAUUCAUCCUGCAGAGCGGAGGACCCUACCACAGGUACAAGGGCGAGGGCAUCGAGGGGGCACGCCGCCUGGCGGAGAGCCUGCGCUGCCCGUCGGACCUGUCUUCCGACGGUGCGGUCACGUGCCUGCAGAGGGCCGACGCGGACGCCGUGGCGCGCAACCCGCUGGCCCUCAGCUUCACGCCGGUCUUCAGCAGGGCGCCGCUGUCCAUGCCGGAAGCCCGGAACGCGCAAGGAAGAUCGCUGGCCAACAAGGGGCACAUUGAGGGCAUGGAGUUCCUGCUCGGCAGGGCUGCCAGCGAGGGCGUCUACGCGUGGUUCGUGGCUCAGCACCGGUCUGCAACCAGCGACGCGCGCCGGCUGGCAGUGCGACUCCUGGGAGAGGAUGUGCUCGAGCGCUGGCAGACCGCCACGGGGUUCGUGCUGGACGCGCAGUCCUCGGCCGCGGUCUACUGGGACGCCGUCGGUGACGUCUUGGAGGCGUGCCCCAUGUCCGAGCUGGCCGAGCAGCUGCAGGCGUGGCAGAAUCGCGUCUACGUCUACGUGCUGGGCUAUCGGCCCAGUUACAGCAGCUGGAAGGACGCGAACGAGACGGUGCACUUCGAGGACGUGGAACUCGUAUUCGGAACGCCUCUCAGGCCCGGGGUGUCGUCCAGCCAGAAGGACCGAGAGUGGUCGAGGACCAUGAUCGACAUUUGGGCCACGUUCGCGCGCACGGGGAGGGCGCCACAGGUGCGGGACGUCAAGUGGUCCCCGUACGACAGCGCCCGCCCGACGCUCAUGAAGCUGGGACCCAAGGACGCCGUCGGCGAGCAGAGCGACGACAAGCAGCAGCAGUGCGUCAUGAUGCGGUCGGACCGCGGGGCGCCCCGGCAGCCGACGACGACCGCGCCGGGUCACGACGACGGCUCGACGGCGGCGCAGCCGCUAGGUGGCUCCACCCGAGCGAGCCCGACGACGCUUCGCGGCUGCGGCGUCGCGGUGGUGGCGCUGGCGUGCGCCUACGUCGCGCAGUUGCGCGCUUAG